GCCACUCUGCUUCUCUUGCCCGGGGCCUUCAGCUCACCGUGGGUCUGAGUGUGCCCGGCCUCUGCCCUUCGCUCCGGCCGCACUCGGGGGCUGCACUGGCUGGGCUAAUGCUGAGCUGAAAAGCCAGGCGACAUCCCCCUGACACCUCUCCGGUCUGCUGCUUCCCCUGUGUCUAACAUCCCGUAAUGCCAAGUGGCCAACCCAAUAGGGCCCUCAUUCCCAGCCCCUUUCCCUGCUUCACUCUGGAGAAAGCCGGUUCCUUCACUGCAGCUGUAUGCCCUGCAGUUCCCGCCCUCAACUCCUGUCCCAAUCUCUGCGCUUCUCUGACCCAAGAAUGGGUCUCUCCUGUCAGAGUUAGUGACCCUAGCCAUUCUCUCCAUUUCCCAGCCUCCGGGUCCCCCCUAUUGCAGCUCCACCUACUAGGCUUUUCUGAGCAAGCAGGAAGGGUGAGCUCCAGCCAAGGCCCCAGACUGAGAUAAUAGGCUGUUUUAGGCCAGCCAGGCCAAGUGGCUUGGUGGUAGAAUUCCCACCCGCUGUAACCUUAGGACCCCUCCUCGCCUGUCCCCACACGGGGUUGGACUUGCUUGAGCCUCAGAGCCGCCAGAGCCCACUGCCCAACUCAGCCGAUUGUGACAUGGUUGUCGUGGCCCAGGGAGGUCAUAAUCUACUCCGGCCAGUGGCUGGGAUCAGUGUCUGGGGCCGCUCCAGUGGCACCGUGGGGGCUGAGACCGACCCAGAUUCUGGCCCGCCAGGGCCGGAAGUCCACCUAGGGGACCUGCCCACACGGUUUGGGCUUUCCAUGGCUACAGAAAGGAAAAGAAAGAGCACCGUGCGAGCGUCCCAGGGUCCUGUCUACAAAGGGGUCUGUAAGUGCUUCUGCCGCUCCAAGGGCCAUGGCUUCAUCACACCUGCCGACGGAGGCCCAGACAUCUUCCUCCACAUCUCCGACGUGGAAGGGGAGUACGUCCCGGUGGAGGGAGACGAAGUGACCUACAAGAUGUGCUCGAUUCCCCCGAAAAACGAGAAGCUGCAGGCGGUGGAGGUAGUCAUCACCCACCUGGCACCCGGGACCAAGCACGAGACCUGGUCUGGCCGGGUCAUCAGCUCCUAGGAGCCCUGGCCCCGGGCCCGGCACCCUGGAGGACAUGGCGGGGGAGGGAAAA